AUGGUAGACUGCGACAGAGCAGGCCCAGCAGAGGAGGUAUUAGGUGAACUCCUUGACAAGAAAGGCCCAGCAGAGGAGGAAUUAGGUGAACACCUUGACAAGAAAGGCCCAGCAGAGGAGGAAUUAGGUGAACACCUUGACAAGAAAGGCCCAGCAGAGGAGGUAUUAGGUGAACACCUUGACAAGAAAGGCCCAGCAGAGGAGGUAUUAGGUGAACACCUUGACAAGAAAGGCCCAGCAGAGGAGGUAUUAGGUGAACACCUUGACAAGAAAGGCCCAGCAGAGGAGGUAUUAGGUGAACACCUUGACAAGAAAGGCCCAGCAGAGGAGGCAUUAGGUGAACACCUUGACAAGGAGGGGGAAGCAGAGAUGAACUUUGAAGAGGAAGUCAGAGAUCAGUCGAAACCAGAGGAGGGAUUCUCAAGUGAAAACAUAAAAACAACCCAAGGUAUAGUCUCCUGUUAAAGUUCUUCAUACCAGCUCCUUUCAUUGCCCUCACUCCUAAUGU